UCAAAUGCGCUUCAUAAUGGAUCUUUCCAAAGGCAUGAGAUGUUUUACUGCGGUUUAGCGUAACUUAUAUUAGACGGGGAAUUAUUCAAAAUAUUAUAAUAAUUAAGAGGUGAUUUAAAUUUUCCUUUGCAACACUCGCGUCACCAUAGCAACGCGUCAACACAAAGUCACAAACAAAAUAGCGUCGGCCGUACAAAAAUAUUUGCAGAAAUGUCCGGUCUCAGCGGUUACGACAGCGAAGUGGUAGGAUUCGAUAGUGUAGCUACGAAAAAACGCUCUGAAAUGAGCAACAGUACACAGACUAACUUCAGCGAGUCUGGCGUCGGUUGCCAGACGAAUUCCUCAAACGACAUUGGCUGUUCCGCGUCACCAGACGAUUUUACAAACGACGUUCUCAAGGAAUACCCGCCACCCGGCCUGAAUGAGUUCCUGCGUAAGGUCGUCCCUGCUAUGAUGGACCAACUGGACCAAAACGACAAAGAAAAUGUGUACAAUUCCUCAGAUUCCGAUGAGGAGGAGGUUCUGAACGCGAAACUUUUCCAAGAGCUGAAAAUCCAGGACGGUAUAGGUUCGGGAGACCAUCAGUCGUCCAUUCUUAGCUUAACGUGGAGCAGCGCGGGGAAUUCGUUAGCCGUGUCCAUCGGACAAUUGCAUCAUGAGGUCUGGUGCCAGAAUUCAGGCUUGAUCAAAGUGUACACUUUGAAACGCGCAGGCGGUGACAAGUUCGUCCAUGCCUUGGACAUUUCUGAGAAGAACUGCGUCUCUGUGUUGAAGUACCACCCUUCUGUGGCUGCUCUAUUGGCAUACGGGACUACAUCUGGGGAAGUAGUGCUGUGUAAUUUGAUGAAUGGAAGUUUGGAAGAAGGCACGCAAUUGGCUUCUCCUUCUGGAUGUCACGGUUCUCGACGUGUGUCCGCCUUGCAGUGGGCUGAUGCUCCAUUGGCUAACAUAUACUUGGUGAUGCAGAUCCAUAGUAAGGGCAAGCGACGAGGCGCUGCUGAUCAGGUGCUGUUCUCAUCAGGCAGCGAUGGCACUCUCAACGCGUGGCAAGUGAAUGCGAACCUUAAAGUGUUCGAGAACAUAAUCUGUUAUAACAUCAACGCGACUCGUAAAGUUACACCAGACAUUACAUGCUUCGACUUCAUAAAGCCGUCUCCGUUGCGACCAAGCUCAGAUAAGCUACCAGAGGAUAUAUUCAUAGUUGGUUCUAGAAGUGGGGCGUUAUAUCUAUGCAAGAUUAAAUCCCAGAAUGACAAUGUUGAUCCCGUUUUUGAUGUGUUAGAUGGUCACAAUACUUGUGUGCUUGAUAUAGCGUUUAGUGUGCAAAAGCCGAAUAUAUUUGUUUCCGUAUCUAUGGAUUCGGAGCUGCGUGUCUAUGACGUUAAACAGAGCAGCGCUUUGAAGGUCCUCUGUCUAGACUUCCCCAUAUCUUGCAUGAGUUGGCUACCCACCGUGCCCUGCGUAUUGCUCGGGCUAGCGCAAAACGAGAGAGAUCUGCUCAAACUGUACAACGUGUCUGUCGGUAAAGCUGUUCAAGUCGAGGGUUUCAAUGGAGACGCGUGUGUCACUUGCGUCGCUAUUAAUCAGGCUGGGUUGUGCCGAAUCGCAGCUGGCGACACUGAAGGUAGAGUGCGAGUAUGGGAACUGCCAACAAGGCGUAUUAGGAUGUCUGCAGAGGAUUUCGACUUUUAGCUUUUAAAUUAGUGUUUAUUGAAUAGUUUGUAUUGUCUCUGAUGGAACUCGUAUAUUUAUAGAUUCAUAAAGAAGUAAUUCGAUAGACCUUUUUUUUAUACGUUAAAUUUUAUAUUCAAAAUUAUUGUUGUGUCACAGUGAAAUACGUGCACUAGAAGAAAAUUCGCUAUAUUUUUUACAAAUUAUAAGUAAAUAUAGAUACCAGUAUUUUUAUCUAGUUAGUACUAAUAUUAUUACGAAUUUUACCAGAUGACCAUAGAAUAUUCUAGGUACUUGUUGUUCGACUUAAUAAAGUUUAUUUUCGUAA